ACCACUACUUCCGGGUUCUGGCAUUCUGGUUCAGAUCCACUUCUCUGCACUGUUCAACACACACACACAUACACACACGGGCAGCGUCUACUCGCGGGCGGGCGUUUCGCGGCAUCGAUCGUGGCUCCUUUAAGAAAAAAAGAGCAAGCCAGAAAUAUCAGCCCACCUCUUCUUGAUCUAAUUGAGAGACUGUUGCAUUAAAAAUCUACUCAGGAGCCGACAGUGAUCAAAGAAACGAGAGAGCUUGAUUUUUUUUGUAUGUAUCUGUGUAUUAACAUUUAAGGUGUCCCGACCAGAGGAAGCGCACGGCGGAUCAUCAUUCAUUCAGUACUUUGACAACCUCGCUUAAGAUUGACAGCUGGAGUGGCAAAAAGCCAUGCGACUCUCUAGUUUUGUUUGAGAAUCAAUUCCAUAGUGGUUUGAAAAAGAAGAUUUGGUCUGCGCACUGUUCCCGUCCUGGAGAAAGCCGAGGAGAUACUCGCCGUACUGAAUGUUUCGCCUUGAGCUGAACUUGCGCUGAAGGUCCGGCUUCGUCAUCCUUCUGAAGGAAACAUAAAGGGAUUUUUCAGUAUCGCAUUUGGAGUGUGCGUUGUAUUUUCUUUCACCCUGGCCUCAUAGGAGAUAUUUUAAUCUGAAGGAAGAAGAGGGAGUGAGGAAGGCCAAUGGCGCAAAGGUAUGAAGAUUUAUCCCAUUAUGGUAUGGACGGCGUAGGAAUCGCCAGCACGAUGUAUGGGGAUCCUCACGCUGCCAGACCCAUGCAGGCUGUUCAUCUGAAUCACGGUCCCCCGCUGCACGCGCACCAGUACCCGCACACUGCUCACAACGCCAUACCGCCCGGUAUGGGCCCUUCCGUCAACGAUGCAUUAAAAAGAGAUAAAGAUUCAAUUUACGGGCACCCUCUCUUCCCUCUGCUAGCACUGAUUUUUGAGAAAUGUGAAUUAGCGACUUGCACACCGAGAGAGCCCGGGGUUGCGGGAGGUGACGUUUGCUCAUCCGAGUCUUUCAAUGAAGAUAUAGCCGUAUUUGCUAAACAGAUUCGAGCAGAAAAACCCCUAUUUUCAUCAAAUCCGGAACUGGACAAUUUGAUGAUUCAAGCAAUCCAAGUAUUGCGGUUCCAUCUGCUGGAGUUGGAGAAGGUACACGAACUCUGUGACAAUUUCUGUCACCGGUAUAUCAGCUGUUUGAAGGGCAAGAUGCCAAUCGACUUGGUUAUAGAUGACAGGGAAGGUGGAUCCAAAUCAGACAGUGAAGAUAUCACGAGGUCAUCGGGAAACCUCGAUCAGACCUCGUGGAACAGAGACCAUGACGACACAGCGUCCAUACGUUCAGGAGGCACGCCGGGUCCCUCCAGCGGAGGACACACGUCUCACAGCGGGGACAACAGCAGCGAGCAAGGUAAGGAGCCAUGCUCUGCCAGGGGGAACUGAGGGGUCUGUGAAUCGUCAGCGACGAAGCUGCUCUGGGCCGC